AUGAAUAAAACCUUCAUACGUCUGUUCUCACAGACAUCACUACGUUGCAAACCAGGAUACUCAACAGUUCAACCAGUCCAUCAUUUAAUCAAUGUCGAAAAAUCAAAAUUAAAACCAAGUUUACAAAAUGUAUUAUUACCACAAGAUGAUAUUAGAUCAGUUAAAUAUAAACCAACCGAGAUCUCACAAGAUAGAGUAGCAGAUUAUUAUACCAAUUCAAUUGAAUCAGACUUAUUAUUACAUUUUUACGAUCAUGAUUCAAAAAUAAUCGAAGGAAAUAAAAGAAGAUCAUGGGGUAAUGAUUCACCUUAUAAAGUAUAUAGAUCAUCAAGGAAUCCUCGAGGUGGAACAAGAUCAACUAAAAAUCAAUAUCCGAUAACUAAUAAAAACAUUCCAAAGUUAGAAAGUAUAGUGAUACAUUCAUAUAAUAAAAAUUCAUUAGAACAUCAUUGGUUAAAUAUAUCGACAAGAUUACAAUUAUCAGUAAUAUCAAAUGUAAAAGCAAAACAAAUUUUCAAUAAAUCAAAUAUUUUACCAUGGAAAGUAAGAGUGGGUAAAGCAUGUGGUGGUAAAGUUGAAUUGUACGACAGAGAUAUGAAUCAAUUUAUAUCAACAUUAACAGAAUUAGUAUUACCAAGAAUUAGAGCUUUUAAAGGUAUUAAAUUUAGUUCAGGAGACAAAAAUGGUAAUAUAAGCUUUGGAUUAACAGCAGAAGACGUUCAAUUAUUUCCAGAAUUAGAAAAUUUUCAAGAAUUAUUUCCAAAUUUAAAUGGUAUUGAUAUUACUUUUAAAACUACUGCACAAAAUGAUUCUCAAGCUAAAACUUUAUUGAGUACUUACGGAUUCCCAUUCUCAAAAGAGUAA